GCGAGACUACCUUUGGGCAGCCAUAGAAAGAGAUGCAUGCGCUGUGUCACAGAGCUGAUGAUGUGGAAAAGUGACGGAAUCGCCAGCCUGAUUGACUUGACUCGCGAAUUGGCCGGAGGAGCACUCCGGCUACCCUUUCAUCUCCUCAACAACAUUUACAUCUUCUGAGAUACGUCGUCUUGCAAAUAUUCAGCUCCAGUCCUGGGUUUACGUAAAGAACAACAAGCUGUGCAAGAUAUACUCGCAUGAGGGCUUGUCGCUCGGCUUCCAAUGCUCCCCACGUGGUGAUUGGACACUUCAACUCUGGGGGAACUUUACAGAACCAGUAUUGCGUAGGUGCGUGCUCCGGGCCGUGCCUUAAGAUCCUGUACUAUUGUAUGGUUUAUGAGUCGUUCUGGUUGUCCCAAGAGGGAAUUCCUGCCCAAGUAUAAUGCCGGGCGGCCGUUCUUUCUCUUUGCAAACCUUAAAGUGUUUCAUGAGCGUCUGCAAGAUAAUUUGACAGAUUGCCAGUCCUUGCCGGCCGCCAUUUCGCCUGCAUGGGUUGUACGAAUACGGACGGUGGGAGGUACUGAAAGCAAUUUGGCAGACGGAUGCCUUACGAGAUGCUUCUCCGGAUAUAAUAUCAGUAUCGUAUUAUCAAACACUGUAAAGCUGCACCCGAUAUAAAUAGAU